AAGCUGCGAAUGCAGCUGAGCUCUCUGACAGCCAUGGAUCAAACGCCGAAAGCGCGGGAACUUAGUUGCUGGGCUGCAGAAGAGAUGGAGGUGCCCCAAGCAGCCCGCCCUGGGGAGUCGACGCUGCGCAGGCUGUGUCUGGGUCAGGGGUCUGACAUCUGGGCCUACGUCGUGCAGCAUGUACAUAAUCAGAGGAGUAUCAAGAUGAUCCGGGGAAACCUCCUCUGGUAUGGCCAUCAGGACAAUCCAAAGGUCCGUCAGAAGCUGGAGCUGGAAGCCACUGUGGCCCGCCUGCGUGCCGAGAUCCAAGGACUAGAUCAGAACCUGGAGCUGAUGGAUCGAGAGACGGAGGCUCAGGACAUGGCCAUGGCGCAGGAGCUGCAAAGCAUGAAAGAGACCCAGCAUCGAGCUCUUCUCCUCAAGGCCCAAGCCAGAGCUGUGCAAAGACAGCAGCGUGGGCUGCAGGACCCCAUGCAGAAGCUGCAGAAUCAGACCAGGCAUCUGCAGGACAUGCAAAGGAAAGCCAAAGUGGACGUGACCUUUGGACCUCUGGCGUCAACAGCCCCAGCCCUAGAGCCCAAGGUGUUGCGUGAUGUCCGGACGGCCUGCUCACUCCGGACUCAGUUCCUGCAGAACCUUCUCAUUCCCAAGGCCAGGGGAGGCAGCAUCCCAAGCCCCCGUGAUGACCACUUCAGAAGUUCCCAUCAACAGUGGCUGACCUCAGUUGAGACACUGCUGAGAAACCACCCUGCAGGCCACAUCUUGGCCGCCUUGAAGUACCUGGCUGCAGAGCGGGAGACGGAGAUUCGGUCCCUGUGUAGGGAUGGACUCAAGGAAGAAGAGCUGUCCAGAGCCCAGGCACCGGACCCAUCGAACUCCAGCCAGGCCAUGCCACCCUCUGCUCAUCUCAUCCAGGAGGGCUGGCAGGCUGUAGGUGCCCUCCUUACCCAGAGGGGUGUGCUCCUGAGUGAGCGGCAGGACCUGACUGGCCGCCUCCAGAGCCUAGUGGAGGAGGUGGAGAGACACACCCUGGGACCCAGUGAGAGGAAGGUGCUGCUGCUGGGGCUUAGGUAUAGUGGCCUGCUGGCAGAGCUCAAGGCUCAUCAUGCCCAGAGCCAGGAACUGGGGAAUGCUGUUGGGCACCGGCAACUUCUGCUUCGGGAGCUGCAGGCCAAGCAGCAGCGGAUCCUGCAGUGGCGUCAGCUAGUGGAGGAGACUCAGGAACAGAUCCGCCUGCUCAUCAAGGAGAACUCAGUCAUCAAGACCCAGCUGAUCCGGGGCCCAGAGGAGGUUCUGGCCCUGAUUCAGCAGAAAGUUGUUCCCACCUCAGAGGCAGUGGCACCACAGAGCCAGGAGCUGUUCCGCCAUUUGAAGGAAGAGGCCCAACACCUGCCCCACAUUCUGCUGGGCCCCCUGCUGUGGUACCAUGCCAAAGGGCUGAAGCCGCGAUCCAGGAUCCUACCAUCCAUCCAUCAACUGCACCCCACUACGCCAAAGGGUUCCAGCCUUGUCUCGCUGAGCCAUACUUUGGGGCUGCCUGUAGGGAAAGCAACUGAGCUACUACUUCCAAAGGCUGCCUCUCUCCGCCAAGACCUUCUGUUUCUCAAAGACCAGUGCAGUCUCCGAGGAGGAAAUCUCCUUCAUGUGAAGACCAAUCUGCCUCUGGGACCAUCUACCAAGGAGCUGCUGCAGAUCCAGGCAUCCCAAGAGAAGGAGCAGAAAGAAGACGUGGGGCAGACCCUGAAGAAGCUGGAGGACCUGAUGGGAUGGGCACUGGAGAAAAUCCCUGAGUUGCAGAGGAUUGUUGGGGACUGGUGGGAGCAGCCAGGCCAAGCCACUCUCGCUGGGGAGCUCUGCCAAGGCCUGACCCUGCCCCAGUGGCAGCUGCGCUGGGCCCAGGCCCAGGGAGCACUGCAGCCACCAUACAAAUGAAGAGGCAGCUAGGAGCAGACUUUGUCUUUGCCCAGGAGGCUGAGGAAAGAGGACUGCCAUCGAUUUCUCAGCCAGCCUGGGCUACAUAGUGAGAUCCUAUCUUAAAAAUAAAUAGUAUUUAACCCCCAAACUUCAUCUCCCUCAAUAAAGCAUUU